CCGGACCCCGUCUGGCGAUCGUGCGUCGCGGGAGGCGUGGACCACAACCGCACCCAAGUCGACCGCGCGACGCCCACUGACUGGGCGCAGGGAAGAGGGAAGACCGCCAGUCCGUCGCCCAGUGCGCUCGCCGGCCGCGGUAUGGCCUGACCUCGCAUGAGCGCAUACCACAUGGCGCUCCUGCCGCCGUAUGCCGACCGCACGAGAGAGGCUCCGCUGCGCUCGGCCCUCUGUGGCGGAGAGCGCAGUGGGUCGGCUACAGCGCGCCCGACAUCCCUGGGCACAGUGCGGCCGGCGAACCAGCGAACCAGCCGCUGCUCGAAUUCUCGCAUGUACGUACGCACGAACACGUACACCCGCUAUCACCAGCCCGCAGACCCUGAGCUCACGCCUAACUAUGAUCGCCAAUCGCCCGCCCCCGCAGCGCCCUCUCCGACGGGUGCACUCGCAUCGCUGCAACAGGCCCCGCGCGCGAUCCUCGCGGAUUGGCGCCGCGCUGCGUUCGCCGCGAGAAGCGUCGCCGCGGGGGGUUUACGAGGCGCGCACACAUCCGAGUCCGCACGCACGCCGCUUUGCGAGCACGCACCUGCAAGUCGGGGCUGGGACCCGGGCCUGGGGCUGGCGCGCUCGUACCUUCCCGCGUGGGCCGACCGCGCGGAGACGGCGCCAGGCCGGGAGGGGGACAGAUAUGAUUGAGCAGCCUAUGGUUGUAUGCGCGCGCCGUCUGUGGCCUGUACUGCGCCCGGCAUGCACGUCGCGCGACACUGUCUCCGGCGCGGGCGCAAGCCGCAUGCGCACCUGCGCAGAGCACGGACCUGUCUUGGGACGCUGGCGGCGCGCUCGUGCACUGGGAGCUAACAGGCGGGCGGUAGGCGGACUCGACCUGGCCCGCCUACCGUGGGCCUGAUGACCCAUAGCUGGACGCGAAAUGCGAGCCUGGCCCAUGGUGAGCGCGUCGGCGUCGCACUACGCCUGACGGACGUAUCUCCAUCGCACGACGGCCCGAAGUCGUGCAUCCGUCGAGGAUCCUCGGAGCUGACGUCCUUCAGGUCCAACGCUGCACGGCUAACGUUCGGCGGGCCCAUCGGAGUGCGAGAAGCACCUUGAUUGCGGGGAGGUGGGAAUCCGCCGACACACUUCCGGCCGCGGAGUCGCGCGCAGGGGAGGUCCGACCGUCUGCCGCGACACUGGACUCUCGGACGGGUAGA